AUAAAUUAUUGCACAACAAGUAGGAAUUUAUAGUCAAAUUAUAAAAAUUAUAAAAAUUGAUCUCUACAACACACAAAGCAAAAUGGAAGAAAGAGAGCGGCGUUUGUUUACAUUUAAGCAAUCGAGAGCGGGCGCAGCAAUUUCCAGCAAUAGACGAAAUUUUUGGGUUAUGCUGCUGCUUGUCGUCUUGCUGGGAACGAACAGCUGCAAUGGUUCAGAUGGAACACAACUUCAAGCGCCCCGCUUUACUACACAGCCUUCAUCCUCAGGAUCAAUAGUGAGCGAAGGACGUAAUAAAAUUUUACAAUGUCAUGCAUUAGGAUAUCCACAACCAACUUACCGCUGGCUUAAGGAUGGAGUACCAAUUGGUGACUUUUCACCCAGUCAGUACUAUCGCAUUCACAAUACAAGGAGAGGAGAUGCUGGCAGUUAUCAGUGCAUUGCAAAAAAUGACGCCGGUUCAAUAUUUAGCGAAAAAAUUGAUGUAGUCGUUGCAUACAUGGGCAUAUUUGAAAACGUAACGGAAGGACAACUUGCAGUACAGUCCGGCCAUCCAGCCGUUUUCGAUUUACCACCCGUUGAGUCAGUGCCAACGCCUUCCGUUAUCUGGCAAACAGAAGAGGGCCCUCUUAACUACGACAUCAAAUAUGCUUUUACUAAAUCGAAUCAAUUGAUUAUAUUAAGCACCGAUGAAACAGAUCGAAAGGCGUAUAGGGCACGUGCUUUCAAUACACAGUUGGGUAAGGAGGAGAUUAGCGCUUUUAUUCAUUUGAAUGUAACGGGCGAUCCAUACGUGGACGUGACACCGGAAAUAAUUGUUCAUCCGGAGGAUAUGAAGUUGAAGCGGGGCGAACAAGUAGUGGAGCUACAAUGCAUAACAAAUGCAAGGCCUUUAUAUGAAUUAGAAACACUCUGGUAUAAGGAUGGUAUUGUAAUAGAGAAUGCUGGUGUAGCGCAUACACUCAAUGAUCCUUGGAAUCGUUCGCUUGCAUUGCUAUCCGCAAACCUAACACAUUCAGGCGAGUAUAUGUGUCAAGUACGUUUACGUAGCGAUGCGUUUGCUGUAGUUAAUUCAACAGCUAAAAUUGAAGUGCUCGAACCACCAACAUUUUUUACACCAAUGCGAACAGAUACUUUUGGUGAGUUUGGUACUUUGGUAACUUUACCGUGCGAUGUUAUUGGUGAUCCAGUACCGAAAGUAAAAUGGUUUAAAAAUGCUGAUCCAAUUGACGUGAAUAGUGGCAAAUACGUUGUAGGCGAAGACAAUUCCUUAAAUAUCAAGAAACUUUCAUUAGACGAUUCGGCAAUGUUUCAGUGCUUGGCGAAAAAUGAUGUCGGUGAAAAAUCAUCUUAUACAUGGCUGCGUGUAAAAACAACCAAACCCAAUGCUGCGGAUUAUGCUUACAAUAUUCAUAAAUUCCUACCUGCAACUAAUCAAAUAAUCUCCUCUGCUACUGCAACUAACAAAAUUCUUAAUAACAAACUGUUGCAUCUUGCGAAUGUGGGACUUGAUAGUCAUAAGGGUUAUGUCAGCAAUUUACUAAAACGUAUAAAACGCUUGGCGCAACCCCGUAUAUUACGGGCAAGAGCAUCGCACUCUGGAACAGGAACGGGUUCUAGGCGCAAGGAUAUACGCUUUGCGUCUGCUCCCGUUAUGGAGAAGCCGCCUCAAAAUGUAACCGCGCUGGAUGGAAAGGAUGCGACCAUAUCUUGUCGUGCUGUGGGAGCACCAAAUCCCAACAUCACUUGGAUUUUCAAUGAGAUGCAACUUGUUGAGAUUUCGAGUCGCGUUCAAAUUCUGGAAUCUGGUGAUUUAUUAAUUUCGAAUAUACGCGAAUCGGAUGCUGGUCUAUAUACUUGUGUGCGCUCCAAUGAAGCCGGCACUGUUAAUGGUGAAGCAUAUCUUGGAGUUAUGGUGAGGACACAAAUCAUACAACCACCGGUGGAUACAACAGUGCUGCUGGGACUUACUGCUACACUGCAAUGCAAAGUCUCCAGCGAUCCAACAGUGCCAUUCAAUAUCGAUUGGUAUCGCGAAGGUCAUCCAAUGCCAAUCAGUAAUUCACAGCGCAUUGGCGUACAAGCGGACGGCACUCUGGAGAUACAAGCAGUACGCGCCUCCGACGUUGGCACUUAUUCAUGUGUGGUUACAUCGCCAGGUGGCAAUGAAACGCGGUCAGCGCGAUUAAGUGUCAUCGAACUGCCGUUUCCACCAACAAAUGUUAAAGUUGCGCGCUUAGAUGCACCAAACCAACGUACCAUCAACAUAUCAUGGACACCGGGUUUUGAUGGCAACAGUCCAAUAUUAAAAUUCAUCAUACAACGCCGUGAAGUAUCAGAACUAGAAAAAUUCGUAGGUCCAGUUCCAGACCCUUUACUAAAUUGGGUAACCGAAUUGAGUAAUGUGUCGGCUGAACAUCGUUGGAUUUUGCUGAAAACACUUAAAGCUGCUACAGUUUAUCAAUUUCGAGUCAGCGCCGUCAAUCGUGUUGGAGAAGGUUCCCCUUCCGAGCCUAGUAAUAUUGUGGAGCUACCACAAGAAGCACCAUCAGGGCCACCUGUUGGAUUUGUAGGUUCAGCUCGAUCAAUGUCAGAAAUUAUAACGCAAUGGCAACCGCCUUUGGAAGAACAUCGCAACGGACAAAUUCUUGGCUAUAUAAUACGUUAUCGUCUCUUUGGUUAUAACAAUGUACCUUGGACAUAUCAGAAUAUUACAAAUGAAGCGCAACGAAACUAUUUAAUACAAGAACUCAUCACAUGGAAAGAUUAUAUAGUACAAAUCGCAGCUUAUAACAAUAUGGGAGUGGGUGUGUACACCGAAGGAGCUAGAAUAAAAACAAAAGAAGGCAUACCGGAAGCACCACCUACAAAUGUUAAAGUUAUUGCCAUAAAUUCUACUUCAGUUAAAGUAUCCUGGAUACCACCAAAUCCACAACAAAUAAACGGCAUAAACCAAGGAUAUAAAAUACAAGCUUGGCGUCAUGAAAUGAACGAUGAUGACUUGGAAGAAACUGAAGCCCGAAUGAUCACAGUACCGCCAAGUCUAAUUGAUCCACUUGCCGAACAAAUUGCUAUUCUAAGUGGACUGGAAAAAUUCACGGAUUAUAAUAUAACAGUUUUAUGCUUCACAGAUCCUGGUGAAGGUGUUCGUAGCUAUAAAAUAGCUGUUAAAACGAAAGAGGAUGUGCCAGAUGAAAUUACCGCUUUGCAUUUUGAUGAAGUUUCAGACAGAUCUGUUAAAGUGUUGUGGGCACCACCGAAAAAUUUAAAUGGAAUUUUGACUGGUUAUACCGUACGGUAUAAAGUUAAAGAUCAUCCUGAAACUUUAAAAUCAGUUAAUUUGACUGCUGAUGAUACACAGUUAACAGUUACACAAUUACAAGCCACUACACAUUACUGGUUUGAAAUAAAGGCAUGGACUAAAGUUGGUGGGGGACCUGCAAAAACUGCAACAAUACAGUCGGGAGUUGAGCCUGUAUUGCCACAUCCACCAACAAAUUUGGCGCUUUCUAAUAUAGAGGCAUUCUCGGUUGUGUUGCAAUUUACGCCUGGGUUUGAUGGUAACUCAUCUAUUACGAAAUGGAAAGUGGAUGCACAAACUGCGCGUAAUAUGACCUGGUUUACAGUCUGUGAAAUAUCAGAUCCUGAUGCAGAAACUUUAACAGUAACGGGACUAAUGCCAUUCACUCAAUACCGUUUACGUCUGAGUGCUACAAAUGUUGUGGGCUCUUCCCAGCCUUCCGAAGCUACCAAAGACUUUCAAACUAUACAGGCAAGACCAAUGCAUCCACCAUUUAAUGUAACAGUGCGAGCAAUGAGUGCUACACAGUUAAGAGUACGCUGGAUUCCAUUACAACAAACUGAAUGGUUUGGAAAUCCUCGUGGUUAUAACAUUACAUAUCGUCAAAUUGAAAGCAUAACGAAGGUAUCAGCGAAAUCUGUAUUAAUUGAAGAUCAUACUGCGAAUUCGCAUGUGCUAGAAGGUUUAGAAGAAUGGACACUUUACGAGGUUUUGAUGAAUGCUUGUAAUGAUGUGGGUUUCUCGAGAGAUAGUGCAAUUGCUGUCGAACGAACACGUGAAGCGGUACCUUCGUAUGGUCCUUUAGAGGUGCAAGCCAAUGCCACAUCCUCCACAACAAUUGUAGUACGCUGGGGUGAAGUGCCGAAGCAGCAUCGUAAUGGUCAAAUUGAUGGCUACAAAGUGUUUUAUGCCGCUACUAACCGUGGCGGUCAAGUGCUACACAAAACCAUAUCAAAUAAUGCUUCCUACACAACUACAUUGACUGAACUAAAAAAAUUCGUAAUCUACCACAUACAAGUACUUGCAUUUACUAGACUCGGUGAUGGUGCUUUAAGUACUCCUCCAGUACGUGUACAAACAUUUGAAGACACACCAGGUCCGCCUUCCAACGUAAGCUUUCCAGAUGUAUCAUUUUCGACUGCUCGUAUAAUUUGGGAUGUACCUGAAGAUCCAAAUGGCGAAAUCUUAGCUUAUCAAGUGACAUAUUCAUUAAAUGGCAGUGUUAAUCUUAACUACAGUCGUGAAUUUCCACCAUCAGAUCGCACUUUUAGAGCAACACAAUUGUUGGCAGAACGGUAUUAUAUUUUUAGUGUCACAGCUCAAACACGUCUGGGUUGGGGUAAAACCGCCGCAGUUCUUGUUUACACUACAAACAAUCGCGAACGCCCACAACCACCAUCUAUGCCACAAAUAUCGCGUAGUCAAAUACAAGCACAUCAAAUAACUUUCAGUUGGACACCCGGCCGUGAUGGAUUCGCCCCACUUCGCUAUUACACUGUACAAUUACGAGAGAAUGAUGGUCCUUGGACAAUACUGCCAGAACGCGUCGAUCCUGCAUUUACUUCUUAUACUGCAAUUAAUUUGAAACCACAUACUACAUAUCAAUUUCGCAUACAAGCGACAAACGAUUUAGGUGCAUCAGCGUUUAGCCGUGAAAGCAUUGUAGUGCGUACACUCCCAGCAGCACCAGCAGUUGGGGUAUCCAAUUUGAAAGUGGUACCAAUAACAACAACAUCUGUACGUGUUCACUGGAAUGCACUGGAAACUAGUUUGUGGAAUGGAGACGCAGCAACUGGUGGUUAUCGUGUUAUGUAUCAACAAUUAGCCGAUCUUCAAACAAUUUCCUCAACCCCAAAAACAGAUAUAAUGGGUAUAAAUGCAAAUUCAAUGGUGUUGACUGACCUGCAGCAAGAUCGUAAUUAUGAAAUUGUUGUGUUGCCUUUUAAUUCACAAGGUCCCGGUCCUGUUACACCACCAGCUGCCGUUUAUGUUGGCGAAGCUGUACCAACUGGGGAACCUCGUGCAGUUGAUGCAGCUCCUAUUUCUAGUACAGAAGUAAGACUUCGUUGGAAACCACCAAAGCAAAGCAUGCAAAAUGGUGAUCUCUUAGGUUAUAAAAUAUUUUACUUAGUUACUGACUCGCCACAAGAGUUGGAAGAGGGUCGGAAAUGGGAAGAAGAAAUCGAAGUUGUUUCAGCCACUGCUACUUCACACAGUCUUGUGUUUCUUGACAAAUUCACUGAAUACCGGGUACAGAUAUUGGCUUUCAACCCAGCAGGCGAUGGACCACGUUCACAACCUAUAACUGUUAAAACAUUGCAAGGCCUGCCAAGUGCGCCAUUGAAUUUACGAUUUGAAGAUAUAACAAUGCAAAGCCUUAAAGUAUCAUGGGACGUCCCAAAAUUUCGUAAUGGUGAAAUACUUGGAUACUUGGUAACCUAUGAGACAACCGAGGAAAACGAAAAAUUCAGCAAACAAGUGAAACAAAAGGUUUCCAACACAAAUUUACUUGUACAAAAUCUAGAAGAAGAAGUUACUUAUACAUUUACGGUACGAGCACAAACCAUUGACUAUGGUCCAGCUGUUAGCGAAAAUGUGACAACUGGUCCACAGGAUGGCUCUCCAAUAGCACCUAGAGACUUAAUUCUUGCUAAAACACUUUCGAGUGUAGAAAUGCAUUGGCUUAAUGGGCCUUCCGGCAGAGGGCCAAUACUUGGCUAUUACAUUGAAGCAAAAAAGCGCGACGAUUCUCGUUGGGAGACAAUUACGCGAACGACCACUGGCACCAUGCAGGAUUUUACUGUCAGCUAUCAAAGUUUACUACCAUCCACCGCCUACACAUUCCGCGUCAUUGCCUACAAUCGUUACGGCAUAUCGUUCCCAGUUUAUUCAAAGGACUCAAUACUGACACCUUCUAAACUGCAUUUGGAAUACGGUUAUCUGCAGCAUAAACCAUUUUACCGCCAAACGUGGUUUAUGGUUGCUUUAGCUGCCACAUCCAUUGUCAUAAUAAUCAUGGUAAUAGCAGUGCUGUGCGUAAAGAGUAAAAGCUAUAAAUAUAAACAAGAAGCACAGAAAACUUUAGAAGAGUCAAUGGCUAUGUCAAUCGAUGAACGGCAGGAGCUUGCUUUGGAAUUGUAUCGUUCACGACAUGGUGUUGGUACAGGCACACUGAAUAGUGCUGGCACUUUAAGUCGUGGUACACUUGGUACGUUGGGACGAAAAUCAACAAAUCGACCACCAACAAGUUUGCAACUUGGCAAGAGUCCACCAAGACCUUCUCCAGCUUCAGUGGCAUAUCAUAGCGAUGAGGAGAGCUUAAAAUGCUACGAUGAGAACCCAGAUGAUAGUAGUGUGACGGAAAAACCAUCCGAAGUUAGUUCGUCUGAAGCAUCACAGCAUUCGGAAAGCGAAAACGAGAGUGUGCGGUCGGAUCCACAUUCUUUUGUCAAUCACUACGCAAAUGUCAACGACUCGCUGCGUCAAUCCUGGAAGAAAACGAAGCCAGUGCGAAAUUAUUCAAGUUACACAGACUCCGAACCGGAGGGUAGUGCAGUGAUGAGUCUCAAUGGCGGUCAAAUCAUUGUCAAUAAUAUGGCCAGAUCGAGAGCACCAUUGCCUGGCUUCUCCUCAUUUGUCUGACAAUCAACAGAGUUUUAAGGAACACGUAAAACCAAAAUUCCAUGGAUUUAUUAAGAUAAGAACAAAAUUGUUUUAGACUAGACAUACGUUAGUAAACACGCACACACAAACCUAUACAAGUUUUAAUGUGUUUGUGAGUGCCAGUGAAGGUUACUGCCGUUUUUUUUUAAUUUUUUGACAAUGCAAAAAACUUUAAAAUUAAGAGGGCUAAGCUACGAUGAUUUUUGUUUUAAUUUAAAAUAUUUUUAGAAAUAAAUUAGCGCAAUUAAUUAUUAAUCUAAUUAUGUUUUUGUGUAGUGUGAAUGUUGACUGAACUGUUUUAUAUACAAUUUUAUGUACUUGUUUUUUAUAUACA